AUGCCGGUGGGCCGGUGGCCUAUGGCUGGAUGCAGGAUGCCGGAUGGUGAUGCUGCCUUGCUUGUGCAGGCCAUGUGGCAAUACAACCAGACAUAUCCUGAUUUUCUGAAGUUAGAGAAUAGUCAGCACAGAGAUGGGGGCUCGACAGCAUCAACUGCUGUUCUUGUUGGAGAUCGUUUGCUUGUUCCAAAUGUUGGUGACUCUUGUGCUAUUAUAUGCCGUGAUGGAAAAGAUAUUGGCCAAUAUUGCCGCAUAUUGCAUUAUUCGGAACCGGUUGAAGUGCUGUGUAUUGUGAAAGGCCGAAGGAUUUUUCUGUCCCAACAUGAAGGUAUCCACUCGGCCACAUUGACUUUCAAGAACAAUUGCCCUUUCACGGUCUGGCCGGGCACACUAGCAGGUGGCGGCUCCCCAGCCCUAUCCGCCACUGGGUUCAAGCUGGCUGAAGGGGCGACUAUGACACUAGACGCACCACCCUCAUGGUCGGGCCGAUUCUGGGCCCGCACUCAGUGCACCGCUGACUCGUCUGGAAAAUUCAAGUGCGUGACCGGCGACUGUGUCACGGGCAGCGUUGCAUGCAGUGGCGCGGGCGCGGUGGCUCCUGCCACGCUAGUGGAGUUCACAUUUGGUUCAGGUGGUGCACAGGACUUCUAUGACGUUAGCUGCGUGGAUGGGUUCAACCUGCCCGUCUCCGUCGCGCCGAGCAGUGGCACAAGCAGGUGCAGCGCGGCCGUAUGCCCGGUCGACAUAAAUUCGUCGUGCCCGCCGGAAUUGAAGGUUGUGGGGCCGCAUGGCGCAACAGUGGCUUGCAGGAGUGCAUGCUUGGCAUUCAACACACCUGAGUACUGCUGCACCGGAGCCCAUUCUACGCCGGAGACUUGCCCACCAACUCAAUACUCUAAAUUCUUCAAGCACCAGUGCCCACAAGCAUACAGCCAUGCUUAUGAUGAUAAGAGCAGCACCUUUACUUGCACUGACGCUAACUAUGCCAUCACCUUCUGCCCUUAG